CUCAAAAAGUAUAGAUAAUGGUAAAGUGAUUGUAGAUGCCUACAAAGCCUGGCUGAUCGCUGAUUUUUUUUUUCAUUGCCAUGUUUCAUUCAUUUCAUUUUCAUUUCACAUGUAAAAAUUAAUUUAUUUACUUGACAUUGGCAGAAUUGUGCGAAAUGCGCAGAUUAGCCAUUAAUUAAAAAAGAAGAAGAAGAAGGCUGAUCGCCUUAUGGAUCGUGGGAAAAAUUGAACCAAAAAAAAAAAAAAGCUUUAUGGAUCGCUGUCAAUUGUUGACUGCUGUACUGUCAGCUGUUAUAUCCAUUACACCUACUAAGUCUGUGAUUACGUCUCACGAAAGGAGUUCCUCCAUAAUGUUUUCGCUUGUAUUACAAAGGAAUAAGAGUUCUGCUGCGGCACUUACUUCAUGAGACAGACUACUCAGUUUAUACCACAGAUUAAGAAUUAGGUUUAUACUCUAUCUGUCACCCGUACCGUUUUGAAAACCUGUUCAAGAAUCUAUUCACUACGUGUUCGAUACGUUUAUCUUAAAUGGGCAGGUUUAGCUAGCAUUAAUUAUGUCGAGACAAAUUGACUCAAAUAUUAACAAUUUACUAGAUGGAUUUGGUUUAGAAGGUGAUGAGAACGAUUUUUGCGACUUCACUAUCGCAGAUCAAAAUUCUGUAGCAGAAUCUCAAGGUAUAACACCCACUACGCCUUCCACUUUUAAACCUCUUCUUGGUGGAAAUGUGACAUAUGUAGUAGCAUGCGUGUUGCUGAAUGAAGAUAAUGAAGUUCUAAUGAUGCAGGAAGCUAAAGAAAGUUGUGCUGGUAAAUGGUAUUUACCUGCUGGACGCAUGGAAAAAAAUGAGACUAUUAUUCAAGCGACUAAAAGAGAAGUUUUAGAAGAAACUGGUUUGCAGUGUGAUCCAAAAACAUUAUUGGUUGUGGAAACUGCUGGUGGCACUUGGUACAGAUUUGUUUUGACUGGUGAUGUAGUUGGUGGUGAAAUAAAAACUCCAGCUAAUGCAGAUAAAGAAUCAUUACAAGCAAAAUGGAUCUCCAAUUUACAAGAAAUAACCCUACGCUCAAAUGACAUUAUACAUCUUAUAGAUAAAGCAAAACUUUAUAAACAGAAUCUCAAUAAGGGCUCUUGGCAUAGAAAUAUUUUACCAGCAUUGAUUCCACAUGCUAAAGAUCUACUGAGAUUAAUCAUUGUUAUAAAGAAAAAAAGUACAAAUAAAUUACAUGUUUUACUCAGUGAAAAAACUUCAAUACAUUUUCCAACAUGUGAAAUAAAUCCAGCAAAAAGUGUGCAUUCUACACUUAGAAGGUUUAUGGUUGAAAUGUUUGGUGCUGAUGUUGGUCAACAUCGUCCUUUAGGCUUGCUUAAUGUGGAGGCUGAUCCAGCAGCUGAUGGAUUAUGUCUUUCACUAUUGGUUGCAUUUCGAGCUCCACUUGAGGAAGUACCUGUGAUUGGUAAAUGUGUUUGGCAAGAGCUAUCUCGAGACAAUGAAAAUAGAUUGCUCUCUAUAAUAACAGCAAAAAAUAUGGCAAUUGAAUUGCAUGUGGUACGUUGAAACUUACAUAAAUCUUCAAAUUUUAAUGUCAACAAAUUCUAAUACUCUAGAAACUGUAUAUUUAAAGUUGUCUUAAAGUUUUUACUUUUAACUCCUAUAAUCUCUGAAUUAGGUAAAAAAAUCAUUGACUAGAUCAACUGCAAUCUAAUAGUUUGACGGGAAAAUUUA